AUGUACAAGGCCGUUAUCCCGCCGACGCUACUGUACGGAGCAGAGACCUGGACGGUGUACACGAGGCAGGCACGCCGUCUGAACCACUUCCACCUCAGUUGUCUUCGUCGCAUCCUGCGGCUGAACUGGCAGGAUCGCAUCCCCGACACCGAAGUGCUGGAACGAACGGGAAUGCUCAGCAUCUACUCCAUGUUGAGACAAAUGCAGCUGCGCUGGAGCGGCCACCUGGUGCCCAUGGACGACGAGCGACUACCCAAACGACUCUUCUACGGAGACGUCGCGACGGGUUCUCGUCGUCAAGGAGGCCCAAUUCGUAGAUACAAGGAUACCCUGAGGUCCUCCCUGAAGCUACUGCAAAUCAACCCGACCAACUGGGAAGAGCUCGCCUGCGAUCGUCCGGCAUGGAGGAGAACAGUAAAGACGGACGCUGCUAUCCACGAAGCCAACCGCAUCGCCGCCGCCAAAGCGAAACGCGAAGCCCGCAAAUCACAACUGCGCUCAGUCAGCAACGCUGCCGCACAACUGCUUCCAACGUGUCCUCGAUGUAAGCGGACAUUCCGGGCUCGAAUCGGCCUUGUUGGACAUUUUCGGAUCAACUGUACCUCUCGAACUGCACCAAACUUCAUCCCCCCGCCCGCGUCAUCAUCGUCCUCUCUGCCGCCGAAUAACUCUGUGAAUUCUUCUGCACCACCACUUCCAUCUUCCUCCUCCUCCUCCUCCUCCACCACCACCACCACCACUGCCUCAACGGCGGCCGCUCAGUCAGCCGUCUCGCAAAUCUCCGACCGCGACACAACAACCGGCACCACCGCCGAAUCUCCUGCCUCCAGCAAUGAGAAUCAGGACUACACCUGCCCUCACUGCGACCGCACCUUCACCUCACACAUCGGCCUGGUCGGUCACUUGCGAAUCCAUCGCACAGAGACCAGCAAACCAGUGCCUGAAGCACCAACCUACACCCACCGCACUCGCCUCCACUGCCCACAUUGCCCUCGCACCUUCACGCAUCGCAUGGGCCUCUUCGGCCACAUGCGCAUCUACGAGAGCGGAAUCGACCACAAUUCCGACACACCAACCACGCCCAUCAUGCCCAGCACCACCCUCGCACCGUACAUCUGCGCCACCACCAACGCCUCCUCUGUAGCUGAUUCUGACACCGCCGACUUCACGUGCCCACACUGUCCACGCACACUCACCUCACGCAUCGGCCUGGUCGGUCACUUGCGAAUCCAUCGCACAGAGAGCGGAGAACCGGUGCCUGGAGCACCAACCUACACCCACCAAGCUCGUCUCAACUGUCCACACUGUCCUCGCACUUUCAGGCACCGCAUGGGCCUAUUCGGCCACAUGCGCAUCCACGACGACCUGCGGUAG